AUGGCCAGUACACUCCAACCUGCGGCGCGGCAGCCUGCUGUGUACCUGGGGAGGUUCAAGACCGCAGCUAAAGAUAGCUUCGUUUUGGAUCGCCUCUGUGUCUCACCCAGCCCUCCGCAGGCUUUACUAAGGCGGCGAUCGGGAAGCUGGACUCGCGCUCUCUCGGAUUCUACUUUCGGCUGCUCUUUGGUUCCGGUCCCGGGACCCGCGAGGAGACGGAAGGCUCCCAGGCUGGAGCCGGUCCACUCCCCAUUACCUCGGGAUGCUCUCCCUGCCCUUGACCAACCCACUCCGGGAGCCUGGUCCUUCGUCUCCCUUAUUAACCACUGUCUCUCUUUAACCACAGUCGCCGGAGGCGCUGCCCUGGCAGGGGCUGGAAUCAAGUCAGAAAUUCAGGCUCGAGAAGCAAAGCAUGUGAGGCCUCCAGGCGGGAAGAAAACUGGGAGUGGAGAGAGGAGAUGCAGAGCGGGGGUUUUCCCAGAGACACUUCCCCUUUCCCGCUCACCUUCCCGAAGGCGCUCCCUGCCCACGCCCUCCUCUGCGGUUUGGUGCUCGCCCCGCGGCCCAGCUACCCAGUGGCUCCCUCCGUCCGCGGCUGCCCUGCCUAGCCCCAGCCUACCGCCCCUUGCCUGGUCAUCUGCCGGCUCCCACUCCUCUACUGCGAGCCAGCCAGGUCGCAUUCGCAAGGCGGCAGCAGGCAAAGCGGCCCGAAACUCCCUGAGGAAGAAGCGGGCGUCUGAGCCCUCAGCCAGAGCGACGCCCCCCACCCCGCCACCGGAGCCCGCGACUGCGCCAAGCUCUGCACUUACCCGCUUCCGAGCUCUCCCCACCAGCGGUCUCGGGAAGCCGGACUUGCGCUUCGAAGGAGGUGUCCCUAUUCCUUCUCACCCAGCGCCCUUCCCAGGCGCGUCGUGGUCCCCGGGUUCCAGCCCGCGUUCAGCCCGCGCAGCAUUCCCUGGCUUCUGGGGCCCGGCUGGGUGCGCCAGCUCCGCUCUGGGCUCCGCCCCAGGGUCCCCGCCUGUCUCAGCGUGGAGGCGGAGGGUGGCCUCUCGCCUCGCGCACCUGGUGCUCCCAGGAUUCGGGACGCACGAAGUUCUAGCCGCCUUGGAGGGGUCGGUCCCUCGCGAGGAUUUCCGAGCCCUCGUACCCCAGUGUGAAUGGGACUUCAGUAGCCGUUUAGAUAUGACGCAAUUCUGGGGAACCCGCGAGGCCCUCUGUACCCCUGCGAGGCGCCCCACAGGGAUCCUGUCUUCCUGGAGCCCAGUAACAGCAUUCGCUCCUGCUGCAUACACUGAUUACGUCUGGAGGAGCCCAGGGUGCAUUCUAUCGUUCGUUCUGGAAGCUGUGUGCUGGGGACACUGUCGAGUACAGAAUAGAGCUUUGGGGUUGUGGGGGAGGAGAUUCCUCUGGAGGAAGCUGGAGACUCUAGGAGGCUUGCCCUGCUCAAAGCACCGACCCGAAGAACUCACUAAAAACUGCGAUGCCCACAACUGCCAGAGACCUUGGUCAUUCAACACCACCCCAGUUGGGGUCCUCCUGUCUUUAAGGAGUCUCUUGAGUUCCUCACUUUGUUUACAACAGGUUCUGAUUUUAGGCAACUCCUACGGUUUCUCUGGUCUUUGGUUUCCUUACACAAUGAACGAAGGGAUUAAACUCUCAGGACCUGCAACUGACGGCUGGUAG